AUAAGAAAAAUAACACAAUGGGUAGGAAAGUGUAUGUUGUUGGUGUCGGAAUGACGAAGUUUGUCAAACCGAGUUCCUCUAACGACUACCCAGAAAUGGGUAAGGAGGCAGUGGAGGCGGCACUGGCCGACGCUCGCAUCCCGUACGAGGUGGUGCAGCAGGCUAUCUGCGGCUACGUGUUCGGCGACUCAACGUGCGGCCAGCGCGUGCUCUACCAGGUCGGCAUGACUGGCAUCCCCAUCUACAAUGUCAACAACAACUGUUCCACUGGUUCCAAUGCUCUGUUUAUAGCUAAACAGUUCAUAGAAGGUGGUGUAUCUGAUGUUGUGUUAGCGGUGGGGUUCGAGAAGAUGGCGCCAGGUGCUCUGGGUGGCAGCGGUUUCACAGACAGAACAAAUCCAUUAGAUAAACACACAUUAAAAAUGGCCGACAUGGUGGAGCUUGCAGCUGCACCCAUGACCCCACAAUACUUUGGCAAUGCGGCCAUGGAGCAUAUGAAGAAAUAUGGAACCACUGAGCUUCACUUAGCUAAGAUAGCAGCCAAGAAUCAUCGACAUGGAGCUAAAAAUCCACGAGCACAAAAUGGCAGGGAGUACACUGUAGAGGAGGUUUUAAAAUCUAGAAAAAUCUACGGACCUUUAACCAAGCUAGAGUGCUGUCCGACAAGUGAUGGUGCCGGUGCAGCAGUUCUCAUGUCUGAGGAGGCUGUUAUUAAAUAUGGUCUCCAGAAGAAGGCGGUUGAGAUUAUUGGUAUGGAGAUGGCAACAGACACUGCUGCAGUUUUUAAGGAAAAUAGCCUGAUGAAAGUUGCAGGUUAUGACAUGACCGCUUUUGCUGCAAAGCGAUUGUAUGAAAAGACUGGUAUAUCUCCAAAGCAAAUAGACGUAGUGGAGCUCCACGAUUGCUUUGCAGCCAAUGAAAUGAUCACAUAUGAAGGUCUGCAACUUUGUGGAGAGGGGGAGGCUGGCAAGUUUAUUGAUUCGGGAGAUAAUACUUAUGGGGGCAGAGUUGUGGUGAAUCCUAGCGGAGGACUGAUUGCUAAGGGCCAUCCCCUGGGAGCCACCGGCCUGGCACAGUGUGCUGAGCUGGUGUGGCAACUGCGCGGGGAGGCAGGAGACAGACAGGUGCCGCGAGCACGUAUCGCUUUGCAACACAACCUGGGUUUGGGCGGCGCUGUCGUCAUCGCUAUGUACAAGAAGGGCUUCGAGAAUGCCGGCCCCAACCCGGUGGCCGCUAUCACCGACAACCCUGAGGGCUUUAAGGUCUACAAGUACAUGAAGAUUCUCGAAGAAGCGAUGCAGACUGAUGAAGAGAAUCUUAUAGAAAAAGUCAGAGGAAUCUAUGGCUUCAAAGUACGUAAUGGUCCUAAUGGCGCAGAAGGUUACUGGGUUGUGAACGCAAAAGACGGUAAAGGCAAGAUCACGUACAAUGGAAAAGAGAAACCCGACGUCACUUUCACGAUCAGCGAUGACGAUGUUGUGGAACUGAUAUCUGGUAAACUGAAUCCUCAGAAGGCAUUCUUCCAGGGCAAGAUCAAGAUACAGGGCAAUAUGGGUCUGGCGAUGAAGCUGACAGACUUGCAGCGUUCCGCCGCCGGCAGGAUCGAGACCAUCCGCUCCAAGCUAUAAACAAACUGGUUAAAACCGGACCAGAUUGGUGGGUGCUUUGGGUUGUGGGACUGCGUCGAAUGUUGACGAUUAUAUGUAAAUUUUUAUAGGUUCUCAUCACAUUGAUAUAUUUCAGUAAAAUAGCUAUGUCAUCGAACGAUUUAUAUUCAUUUUAAAUUAAAUAAUUUAAUUAUGUUUAAUCAUUCCAGAGGGUUUAUAUGUAAUG